AUGCACGAAAAGGACGGUCACGAUCACUAUCGUUACGACACGUACGCACCGCUGAUGAAGUCCGCCACCAUGAAGGGCGUCAAGGCGGUCCACUGCACCAGCGAAACGAGCACCGUGCUCAAGGGUGGCACCCACACCACGAUGACCAAGCACAGCACCACGAUCCACAGCAAGGACGGUACGGCCAAGUCCCGGUGCUGUUCCUGCUGUUCCGGCCGGGGCAGUUCCACCUUCUGGGCCGCGCUACUGACCAACAUUGGUGUCUGCACGCUGCUGCUGGCGUACACGCUGCUAGGUUCGUUUAUCUUCCUGGCGAUUGAAGGCGGUGCGUCGCAGAUGCAGCAGCGCACGCUAGCGUCGACCAACCGGCACCAGAAGCAACAGCCAGUGGGCACCAAUCAUCACGGUCGGCACGAUACGGCAAAUCUGACCUUUCCGCAGUUAAUCUUACUGGAGGCGGUUGAGGCACGCCAGAAGACGGUGGAAAACAUUUGGGAUAUUACGGUCUCGCUAAACAUUCUGUAUCGGGAAAAUUGGACGCGUUUGGCAUCGAUGGAAAUUGCCCGGUUCCAGGAGCAGUUCGUUAACAGACUGCUGGAGGAGAUGACACAGAUCAACAACAUGCAGCACGCGGUCACGAGCGGCGGCGUCCAUGAUCCCGGGCACGGGCAGGAUAACAAUUGGACGUUCGCCCGAGCAUUCCUGUACUCGCUCACCAUUUUGACGACCAUCGGUUAUGGCAGUGUGGCACCGCGGACCGUCCUGGGACGGAUGAUAACGUUGGCGUAUGCCGUGCUGGGCAUACCGUUGACGCUGGUCUACCUUUCCAGCACCGGCGGUAUGUUGGCGAAAGUUGCGCGCGGAGUAUUUUCCCGAGUUCUUUGCUGCUGUUUGUGCUCCAACUGUGGCUACUGCUGCUACGAUGAAAAGCGUAUGGAGGAGAAGGAAAAGCGAAUGAAGCGAAAGCGGCAACAGAUGGAAAUGCAGCAGCAGCAGCAUCUCACCAUAUCCGGCCAGGAACCGUACUACGUCCGUUCCGGUUCGCUGCAAACCAGCGUCAGCUCGCCGGAGAAACAACUGACCAUGUUGGGGCCGGCAAUAACCACACCGGACCGGGACUCGACGGCCGGCAGCAGCGACAGCGAGUCGCGGGCGUCCAUGCACGGGCUCAGCAUACUGGCACCGAUACUGCUGUGUGUGGCGAUGAUGUCGAUCUACAUAGUGGUCGGUGCGCUGACACUGUUCCGGCUCGAAUCGUUACCCCUGUCGGACGGUGUUUACUUCUGCUUUAUGGCACUGUCCACGAUAGGGUUCGGGGCGCUAGCGCCCGGCACACGCCGCGAAUCGGCCGCCACCACGUGGUUCUGCUCGGGAUACAUCAUGGCCGGUAUGGCGCUGACCGCCAUGUGCUUCAACGUGCUGCACGACGAAAUACUGCACCGGUUGCGGCACAUGGUGGAGAUGCAGAAGGAGAUCAAGAACCACAACGAGCACCGCCGGUUUCUCGCCUCAUGA